AAUAAAGGACUAAUGACUUAUUAAGAUCAAUGGCCGUCCGAAGUGAAUAUAAAUAAAUACAUAGUCUGGCUGAGCGUGCGAAAUUGGUGAGGUUGCAGCCGACCGGGACGUCCGAUGUGAACGGCCAGGUCACGUGCCGUCGACGGACGCGUCCUUAGAGUAUUCAGGCGCAGUUUGCGUCUCGGCAGAGUCGAUUUUAGUCUGUAGAAAAAGAGCGAGAGAUGCCUGGCAAGGUGAAGGUGAAGAUCAUCGCCGGGCGAAACCUGCCCGUGAUGGACAGGUCGGCGGACACGACGGACGCCUACGUCGAGAUCAAGAUGAGCAACAUCACGCACAAGACAGACGUGUGCAGAAAGUCGCUCAACCCGCAGUGGACCGAGGAGUGGCACCGAUUCGAGGUGGACGACACGGAGCUGCAAGACGAGCCUCUGCAGAUUCGUCUGAUGGACUACGACGUCUAUUCGGCCAACGACGCCAUCGGCAAGGUCUACAUCGACCUGAACCCUUUGAUCCAUGGCUCGUUGGACGUCCCUGACACCUGCGUCCCUCAGGUCAGGGCGCCCAUGCUUGGAGGAGCCAUGUCCUACUGUGGCUGGUUCCCCGUCUACGACACCAUGCACGGCAUCAGGGGGGAGGUGCAGGUCAUAGUCAAGAUUGAACUCUUCUCUGACACCAACAAGUUCAGAGAUUCCUCGCACGGAAUAAAAUUUUUCUGCACUGCUGGAGUGCCUCACGGUCUACACGCCCUGUACAUUCAUGGAUUCGUCGAGGAGCUAAUUUUGACCGAGGACCCUGAGUAUGAGUGGCUGGACAAAAUCCGCACGCCCAGAGCUACCAAUGAAGCCAGACAGACCUUGUUCUUCAAACUGUCUGGCGAGGUGAAGCGGAGAGUGGGCCUGAAGGCUCUCGAGAUGGGUGCUAAUUCAGUUAUAGGGUAUCGAUUACAAUUUGACCUGGAAGGCGAGUCAGGAAUUGUGGCCAGAGGAAUUGGAACGGCUGUGACCCUGGUGUCCCCGUUGGACACAAGUCCGAACACAACUCUCGACGACAGUUGUGACAGAGUGGCCGUGCUGCUCGGCCCCCACCCUUUGCUGAAGGUGGCGUCCACCUCCUGUAGCUGUCUGCUGAGACCCAGCGGCAGCUCGCACAGCAUGUCCCCCCUCAAACCCCAGCCGCCCCACUUGCUAGUGAUUCCCCCGACCCCGACGGGCUCGGCCGGCGUUUCCCCCACCAGCCCUGUGAGUCCGCAAACGGUCAACAGCCCCUUUCGGCGACAUCCCUCCUACGGGGAGGCCAUUCUGGCCAUCGACCUCGUCUCCCUAGGCCUCCCUGCACCGCAAAACCGGCCCAAACCCUCCACCUUCCGCACCCUGGCCAAGAGCCUCCGCCUCGCCCUGACCAAAAGAUUCAUCAGCAGGAAGGAAACGGUCAGGGAGAUGCCCAAGUUCGAGGUUGUGUACCCUGAGAAGUUCGACCGGCGCCACCGAAGGUCCUCGAGUGACCCUUUCAGCGCCGGGCCCUUCACCCGGCAGCUGCGGGGCGCCCUGGACUCUGUCCUGGAAGAGUCCUCCUCCCCUCAUUCGGUCCGACUAAGGACCUUCCAGUCCGAGUCGUGUCUUUCUCCAAUUGGCUCGUCCAACAACUCGUCCAUCGAGUUUGUCCUGCUGCCCUCGGAGAGCGUGUCGAGCGUCGAGUCGCUUGAGUCGAGCGUCUCGACGACCUCCGAGCUGUGCCUGGCCGACGCCUUGCGCCCCACCGACCCCAACCUGCCCUCCAUCCCCCUCACCGCGCCACUCUUGCCGCUCGCACGUCGCUGUAACUUAGUUAGGAGCAUGUCCUCGAGUGUGUCCUCCUCCCUGUCCACUACUAGCACCUCUGCCACGCCCCGUAACUCAGUAACAGGCUCAUGCCCCUCCAGGCUUCCAUUCCCAUCAGCAGCACCUCCGGUCCACGGGCUGGACAGUACGGACAGCAGCAGCUACCUUGACGACGAGCAACAACAAAGGCUCGGACACUCGAACGGCUCCAACACGCUGUCUCCGUCCAGAAUUACCAACAACAUCCAGAGGCGUUCUUCAGACUCAGACCUCAGCAUCACCCCAAAAGGCAACAGCUUUGGCAGUGGAGGAUCGGCAAACAACCGCCAAUUUCACCGGCACAGCAUCCCCAGGCCGAUCCUAAACCAGGACAGCAGCAUUGACCUGCUCGAGUACCCCUUCCUCACCCUCAACAAGUACCCUGCUGGAUUCAUCAUCAGAUUUGGUGGAAUGGUUUGCGCCAGGAGUGUGAAGCUCCUAGAGAGAAACACCGAAGAGCCGGAAAGCCGUGACCUUUGGUGGCACGAGUUGCGCAUGGAGGUCAGGUCACACGCCAGGGCGCUGGCCUGCAACGUCGUUCUUGGUUACAGGGAAGAAUCGUCAAUUAGUGAUGACGUAUGCAUUUUGAGUGCGACGGGAACGGCGGCCGUGGUCAAUAUGCAUCACAGGGAUGGCAGCCGCAUCAGCAGCCGCAAAUUCAAAACCAGAAGCACCAAGAGUAAAGACACGGAUACUUCAAAUGUGAGCGAAGAAAAUGAGGACGAAAAGCAGACGUCCAAAAUCAACAUCGAGAAUUUCAACAAGUUCCUCUCGCCUCAGGGAAGAAGGUCGAAGGUCAGCUUGGCAGAUGGGCAGAGUCCUUUGCCACCUCAGUGCACCAUGUGCCAUGUCCCUUACAGUCUUGCCAACUCCCCUAUGCCAGUCAACGCCAUUCGAUGCGCCGUCUGCAAGAAAGGUAAAGUGCCUGAUGUCUUGUUGACGACUGUCGAAAUCCCCGAGGAGGCCAUGCUGACCGGCAGGGGUUGCCUGGUGCAAGUGCAGGUUUGCCGAACCAAGAAGGACGCAAAGGGCGAACACAACGCCAAAGAAAUUUCGGACAGUCUUCCAUUUUUAGAGUACGACAUGUACAGUGCCAUCAUCAACAAGCUCAGAGUGAAGGGGAUGAACGCAGUUUUUAAUUUAAGGGUCAGUGUGACUGUUGGUGACAGGCUUCUGGUCGGGAUAGCAUCGGGGACGGCAGUUUUCCUCACUCCAAUGCCAGCCCCUCCAAUUCCAAAACUUACAGCCAGCAAAAACAAUAACUCCAGGUUGUCUCUGGCUGAGGUGCAGAAGAGACUGCAGGAUGCUUGCAGGAACAACAGGGAGAUUUACGGAGUCAUCCCAAAUCAAGAGAAAGAUUGCAACUCGGAAUCGGAUUCGGAAGAAUCGGACGAAGAUCUUCCAGCUUUGGAACUUGCCUCUGGGAAUAAGGAUGCUUGUAUUAUAGAGGUUGAUGACAGUGAAGACAUGAAUGCAGUCAACCUUCUAAUCGAAUCCUCUGUACCUCACGGUUUUGAAGUCGUCAACACUGAGACCAUUCCAGGCUUGACCGGCUUUGAGGUGGUGUCCAGUCUGCAGAUGUUCACACAGGUGUGGAGGGCCCGAGUCAAUCCUUGCCAAAACUCGUCCUACUCGUUUUCCCUCAACAAACACAUUCGUCGUUUACAGCAGAGCUUAUAUUUCAAGUUGCGGAAAAUGGUUCCUUGUGGUCUGCUGAGACUGAGAUUCAAAGUGGAGCUUCCGGACGCAGACGAAAUUCAAAUCACCAUCCUGGGCAUGGCCGUCGGCCUGGGGAAGGUUCCGCAGCCACUGAAGAGUGCGGCCAAACUUAAGACUAACUGCAAGAAAGAGGACUCGGAUCUGAUUUUCAAGCUCGACGAUGAGGUUGUGGCCAUCGUCACACCACCCCCUGCAGCAAACAUCCGGGACAAAAAGCAAAACCCUUUCUACCUCGGCUACACCAACCUCUUGAAAAAUAGUCAUGACCCUCCGACUGGAAGGUACGGGGUUGAUAUUACGCCUUUGAGUUAUGUUCCUGGCGCCAAAAUUGAAGAGUACUUGGGGAACCUGAACUUUUUCUUCAUCAGGGAGAGCAACUCCAUUAGAGAAAUUGGAGGGUACAGCAACUUCGUCCAUGGCUUUAUCAACGAGUUGCUUGCAAUAGUGAGGGCGCACAUCACUGCACUAGGAGGCAACGCCAUGGUCUCUUACUACAUGAACGAGUUCACUCUGCUCAGUGCAGCUCACAAAAAUCAGGGUCAAUGCUUAAUUCAAGUUGGGGGAGAUGCAGUUCGAGUUUCGUAUCCGGCAGCAGAAAAACAGCAGUGACAAGGAACCCAGGAUAUCAGUCAUGAUGUGUUCUCCAUUUUUUUAUAAUUGACAAUUCUAGUUUUUGAUCUGAAUGAUGCUUUCGAUCGUGAUUUUGAGAUUU